AUGGAGUACGACACCUCAACCGCCAGCACCACCCACGGCGCCUCCUCCGGCGCCACCGCCAACACCUCAACACCCACCUCCUCCUCCCGAGGCGGCGCCCAUCGCAUUCAACCACCCACACCCACAGACACCCCAAACCUCUCCAUCCUUGCCCAACCCCUAACCUUCCCCUUCUCCGGCCGCACAGCACCCAACCGCCUCCUCAAAGCCCCCAUGACCGAGCGCCUCUGCCGCUGGAACGCUCCAUCCGCACCCAUCUCGGAUCGUGGCUUCCCCACUCCGGAGUACAAACUCCUCUACCAACGCUGGGGCGAGGGCUCCAUUGGCAUGAUCGUCUCUGGGAACACAAUGGUAGCGUAUGACGCGGUCGAAGCGUACGGGAAUCCGAUUUUGGUGGACGAUCACGAUAGGCGGGUGGAGGCGUUUGCGGAGGUGGUGAGGGAGGCGAAGAAGGGUGGGAGUUUGAUUGUGGCGCAGAUCAGCCAUCCGGGGAGGCAGGGGACGAAAUGGCUCAACCCCAACCCCGUCAGCGCCAGCGACGUCCACCUAACCAUAAAAUGGGCGGGCAACGAGUUCGCCAAACCGCGUCCAAUGACCGUCCCCGAAAUCCACACCAUGGUCCAGAAAUGGGGUGAGACCGCCUAUUUAUGCUGGAAAGCCGGCUACGACGGCGUCCAAGUUCACUGUGCCCACGGCUACCUCCUCGCACAGUUCCUCUCGCCUUCCACUAAUCACCGCACCGACGAGUAUGGCGGACCGCUUGAGAACCGGGCGCGGAUUGUGCUUGAGAUCAUCAAGGAGAUUGAUCGGAGGGUGAGGGAUCACGAUCCGAGUUUUAUUGUCUGUGUGAAGCUCAACAGCGUGGAAUUCCAAGAUAAGGGAACGAGUCCGGAGGAAGCGAGACAGUUAUGCACCAUGCUGGAGGACGCGAGAGUGGACUUCGUCGAUCUGUCAGGUGGGACGUUUGAGGCGAGGGCGUUUGAGCAUAAGAAGGAAAGCACCGUCAAGCGCGAAGCAUACUUCAUUGAGUUCGCGGAGCAGCUUCGCCCACUGCUGAAGAAGACUAAGGUCUAUGUCACAGGCGGGCUGCGGACCGCGGCGGGGAUGGUGAAGGCGAUUGAAGGGGAUAGCUGUGAUGGAGUGGGCAUUGGGAGACCAUUGGCAGCAGAGCCGUAUCUGUGUAAGGAGAUAUUGGAGGGGAGGGUGCAGGGGGCGAUAGAGAACUUUGUGCCGUUGCCGCUGAAUACGCAGAGCAGUGGGACGCAAUUGCAUCAGAUCGGGUUGGGGAGGGAUGAAAUUAGUGAUUGGAGUGUAGAGGGGGAGGUCGAGAGGUGGAAGGAGGCGAACGAUCGGGAGACGGAGAGGAAGAAGGAGGUGUUGCCGUUGGUGGAUAGUAGUGGGUAUGCUUGGAUCGAGCCAGUCAGUGGAUUCAAGUACUUGGAAUGA